AUGGCCUCCAAGCUGGGCCUCGAGAUCACUAUCACCGACCUCGAGCGCCUCUUCCGCCAGGCCCCCGGAGGUCACCCCCCUCCCCCUGCCGCCGCCGACGCCGAUCAAGGCGGCCGCCCCCCUGUCCGCGUGGCCUACCAGGGCGGCCGGGGCUCCUACUGCCAGGAGGCCGCCGCCAAAGCCUUUCCUCCUUCCUCCUCCUGGAAGCAGCUCAUCAUACCCUGCUCCGAGAUGGAGGAGGCCUUCGCCGCCCUCGAGGACGGCGCUGCCGACCGCGCCGUCGUCCCGGCCGAGAACUCUGUCGACGGCCCCGUUCCCCGCAACCUCGACCUCCUCCUCCGCCACCCCCGUGUCUGCAUCGUCGGUGAACUCGUCCUCCCCGUCAACCACUGCCUCCUUUCCCUCCCUCACGCCCCGCGCUCCGCCCUCCGCCGCGUCGUCAGCCACCCCCAAGCCAUCAGCCACUGCCGGGACCGGCUCCGGGCCCUCCACCUCCGAGUCGAGGAGGUCGCCAGCGCCGCCGACGCCGCCCGCUUCGUCGCCGAAAACCGCAUCGCCGACACUGCCGUCAUCGGCAGCCAGAUCGCCGCCCACGAGUUCGGCCUGCGGAUCCUCGAAAACAACCUCCAGGACCUCGCCAGCAACUUCAACCGGUUCCUCCAACUGGGACUCACCGGCUCGACCGGAGCCGUCGUCGUCGAACCGAAUCUUGAUAAUAAUAAUAAUAAUCACAAGACCACGGUGGCCUUCUCGCUGGAACGAGGGGUCUCGGACCUCUUCCGGGCCAUGUGGAUCUUCGAGAGCCGGGGAGUCCGGGUCACUCGGGUAGACCACCGGCCCAACCGGUCAAGCCCGGUCCGGGUCGAGGAGAGGGACGAGGCAGGCGAGAUCGCGCGGUUUGACUACGUCUUCGUGCUGGACCUGGAAGGGACCGCAUCGGACCCCAACGUGGAGGCCGCUCUCGCAGGCUUGAAGGAGAUCGCGGGGUUCGCACGUGUGCUGGGAAGCUACAGGUGCACGUGA